GGUAAGGUGGCUGGGGACAUCUUCAACGACAACGCCAUAACUGGCCAACCCUUGGCAGGGCUGGUGGUGGGCAUCCUGGUGACGGUUCUGUCCAGAGCUCCUACCUCCACCUCCAUUGUCGUCAGCCUCGUCUCCUCGGGCCUACUCAAUGUGAGGUCUGCCAUCCCAAUCCUCAUGGGAUCCAAUAUUGGGACGUCCGUCACCAACACCAUCGUUGCUCUGAUGCAGGCUGGAGAGAGGGAUGAGUUUGAACGGGCAUUUGCUGGAGCGACGGUGCAUGACUGUUUUAACUGGCUGUCAGUGCUGGUGCUACUGCCCCUGGAGGCAACCACAGGCCUGCUGAGAAGACUGUCUCAGGCCGUAGUUGACACCUUCCACAUCAGCUCUGGAGAUAAGGCCCCAGAGAUGCUCAAGGUCAUGACUGAACCCCUCACCAAACUCAUCAUUCAGUUGGACAAGUCUGUCAUCACAGGCAUCGCCAUGGGAGAUGAGGCCAUGAGUAACAGGAGUCUGGUGAGGGUAUGGUGUAAGAAUCACAUCCUAACGUCCUCUGUGAAUGUUUCUGUUGGUGAUUCCUUCAACUGUACAAUAAUACAACCCUGCUGGCAAAGCAAUGCAACAACCUGGACAACACAGAACAUGACUCUGCUUGUAAAUAUAGAAAAAUGCAGCCAUCUGUUUGUGGACUCGUGGUUGUCCGACCUGGCGGUAGGCCUCAUUCUGCUAGCCUGCUCUCUUCUGCUCCUGUGCACCUGUUUGUUGCUGCUGGUCAAGCUGCUCAAUUCCCUGCUCCAAGGCCAGGUGGCUAAGGCCAUCCAGAGGAUCAUCAACACAGACUUCCCCUACCCGUUUGGCUGGCUGGCAGGUUACCUGGCCAUCCUAGUGGGGGCUGGCAUGACCUUUGUGGUUCAGAGCAGCUCAGUGUUCACCUCUGCCAUCACUCCUCUCAUAGGUAUUGGUGUUAUCAGCAUUGAACGUGCCUACCCUUUGACCCUGGGGUCAAACAUUGGCACAACCACCACAGCUAUCCUGGCAGCAUUGGCAAGCCCAGGGGACAAGCUGGCGGCAGCUUUCCAGGUCGCCUUGUGUCAUUUCUUCUUCAACAUACUGGGCAUUCUGCUGUGGUACCCUGUGCCCAGCACCCGCCUGCCCAUCCGUAUGGCCAGGACUUUGGGGCAGCGCACGGCCAAGUAUCGCUGGUUUUCUGUACUCUACCUACUUCUGUGCUUCCUGAUCCUGCCCUCGCUCGUCUUCGCCCUCUCCAUGGCAGGCUGGCAGAUGAUGGCUGGGGUGGGCGUGCCCUUCGCUGUGGCCCUCCUCUUGGUGUCUGUGGUGAACAUCCUGCAGGUACACAGGCCAGGCUGUCUGCCAGUGAGGCUGCAGAGCUGGGACUUCCUGCCUCUCUGGAUGCAUUCCCUUCAACCCCUGGAUACCCUAAUCACCAAGGUGACCCUGUGCUGCGCUAAAGGAGCCAGCGAGCCUGGUCUGAUACAGUGCUCCAUGGACCGUGAUGGUCCUCAGAAGGCUUUGGACAACCUUGUUCUGUGUUACAUAGACGAAGCCCCCACAGUGGUAAUGUCCCAGGGGGCAGACGAAGCCCCCACAGUGGUAAUGUCCCAGGGGGCAGACGAAGCCCCCACAUUGGUAAUGUCCCAGGGGGCACACGAAACCCCCACAGUGGUAAUGUCCCAGGGGGUGGACGAAGCCCCCACAGUGGUAAUGUCCCAGGGGGUGGACGAAGCCCCCACAGUGGUAAUGUCCCAGGGGGUAGACAGGGUCAGGAGCACACGUCUGUAGAACAUAUGACACUGGAACAACAGGGAGACAGAGCAGAUAUCUUGUGAAAGCAGCAUCGUGGACUGCAAGAAAUGAGCAGUGAUGAUCUAAUGUUAUGGAACAACGAGACUGGAGCAAAAACUGUAGGAGCUUAUGGUUGCAUGAAAACAUGACUCCACUCACAGUCAGUUCCUUUAUGGAUUGCAGAAAUCAUGCAUGAUGCCAGCAGCUACAAAACAAUGUUUACUGUAGUUGAGUUAUGUCAUGCACUGUACUUCAAAGCCAAGGAAUCCUUAAGAGUUUAUUAUUUACUCACAGUAACUCUAUUUCCAGACAAAUGUUUGGGCCUAUUGCCUACAGGACAUAUGUAUGAUAUUAUAAUUUCCCACAAUCAGGAUUGCAAUUGACUUUCUGUCAAAACAAACACUUCUUCCUCUUUGCUGUCAGUCAGGAGAGACAGUAAAUGUCUGUCUCUCUGCUGAAAAUGCAGGAAGUCUGAUUGAAUAGAACGACAAAAAACACUCAGCCAAUUAAAAGGCCUUAAAAAAACAAUACAAGUUAUGCAUAUGAAUGGCUGCGUAAUUGAAGCUAUAUAGGAGGGAAUGGACGCCUCCACUCGCUAAUUAUAAAGCAACGGGGCUCUGAAUGGUUGAUUAAACAUCCAUUUGGUGGCAUAAUGGCAAGUGAUUUCCCCAGUUUCAAUACAUUUCAGGCUUAACGUCUCCUCGCUACUCUUUGAACAAUUGGUACUUUUAACCACAUGCAUAUUCCAGAGAGUUAAAAUGAGAUCAUUUGAUCAUUUUGUUCAAAAUCACAAUUAUUGUACAUAUAGGAGUUUCAUAUUUGAGAUGAGAUGGGAAGCAAUUGUAUCAAGUCAACUGUGUGUAACACAGAAAGACAUGAAUCUGUCUUUCCUAUUUAAAAGACACAUUAGAGCAGGGCUUUUCCCCGGACCAGUUUCUCCAACCGAGCUGAGACGGACAAGAGAUUCAGAAUAUACCACAUCUAACAGUCGGCAGAUAGGGAGUUUAAAAUCAUCCAUAAUAGCCAAGGACGAUAGAUGAAGAGCAGCCAUGAGAUGGCAUGUUUUUAUUGCAUAAGAAGUUCCUGAGGAAGACCUAUUUAAGUGUAGACUACUUUUCUUGUGACAGAGGCCUACAUAGCCUUACAGUACAGAGCCCUAUAGUACAGCUUACAGUACAGAGCCCUACACUACAUCUUAUAGUACAGAGCCCUACACUACAUCUUACAGUACAGAGCCCUACACUACAGCUUACGUACAGACCCUACACUACAUCUUACAGUACAGAGCCCUACACUACAGCUUACAGUACAGAGCCCUACACUACAGCUUACAGUACAGAGCCCUCACUACAUCUUACAGUACAGAGCCCUACACUACAGCUUACAGUACAGAGCCCUACACUACAUCUUACAGUACAGAGCCCACACUACAUCUUACAGUACAGAGCCCAACACACAUCUUACAGUACAGAGCCCUACACUACAUCUUACAGUACAGAGCCCUACACUACAUCUUACAGUACAGAGCCCUACACCUACAUCUUACAGUACAGAGCCCUACACUACAUCUUACAGUACAGAGCCCUACACUACAUCUUACAGUACAGAGCCCUACACUACAUC